GUAUACUCCCGCCCACGACUUCAUCUGGGGGACAUAUAAACCACCCAGGACGGUCCGGAGCUAACCCACACGCAACGAAUCAGCCAAGAGCGAACCUCCUGCUAGCGUCUGUCUCAUCGACGAGGAGAAGUUUCCCCCGACCUCCAACCGUACGUCAUGGCAAGACUCCUGAUCCUUCUCGGUGUCCUGUUGGUGGCUCUGGCGGCGAUCGAGCCGACGACGUCCGAGGACCUCACCGAAGACAGCCGAGAGUUGGAGGACAUAGAACAGGAUCUAGAACAGACCGAAUUCCAGGUGAGCCUUCUGAAGAAGCAGCUGCUGAGGAAGCUGGUGGAGGCUUACGCCAAGGGCCAGGACCUGUCCCCACAGGAGCAGCGGCAGCUCGAGCUCCUGCCCCCGGGAGACAAGCGCGGGAUGAUCAGGAGAGCCAAGGGCUGCGCCAGGUUCUACUGGAAGAUGCCGGCAACGGCCAUGAGCUGCUGAACUACCGACAGAACGAAAGACCGCAUCGCGAAUGACACAUAGGAAUAUAUAUAUACUACUACUACAACUACGCUUCGAUCAAAACGGUAUUUUUGCUUGCAAGAGAAAAUCUAUGAAAAAAGGCUGCAUUUGCUAUGACUGAAUUCAACAACCAUUGGUCACCUUAGUGCAAUCGCUCCUUAUUGGACCAGUUAGUAGUUCAUACAGCUAGACAUAGUAAAGAAACAAACAAGCACAGUACAUACUAUGAUCACUAGAUUCUAGGUAGAAAUGAUGAAACAAUAUGCAACCAAAGACCAUUUUCGCACCUUGUGUACUGUUACCAAAAGAUCACUCAGCUAACACUGACAUUGAAUUAGUGUCUUGAUGAUAACCAUAUGAACAACUAUUCAGGACAGUGUCUGCGCACGUACAAUACACUGAACAUCCCCAACAAUAUGCAAUCUCGUUACACUGUGUUAUUGUUAGUCACACAAUACAACAAAAAUGGCUUCCAAUCACAUACGUCUUCCAAUGUAUCAUACAAAAUAGCAAACAUAGAAAUCAUCUCAACUAGCAAGGGCAUAGAGAGGACUGCAUAUUUGGCUUGCUACGUACAUUUAUAGUAUCAUGUGUAACCAAGAUUUUAGAGGCUCAGAAAUACGUUUUCAUGCUUGAUAUUGUAGAUAUUGGUCUGCAAUUAUACAAACACUUCACAGGUCGAGCCAUUUCUAGUAGUUAUUAGGCAGAUGAUAUCUACUGCAGUCGUGCUGUUAAACAUCAUCUUCUAUCGGGUAGUAAAGCACAAUACAAUUGUAAGGCUGAGAGGGCAAAUCUUUACUGGACAAACGAUUGUAUAAGGCCAAAACGUUAACAAGAGGGCAAACCUGGAAAUUCAUGUCAGUAACUCAAGUAAAAAGUAACUCUUUUCACAAACAAGAGUAACGUUUGCUACUUUGUAUGGAACGCAAGGAAAGUUUGUGAAUAAUAAAAGAUCGUGAUGAAGGCAUGA